AUGAAGGCAUCCGCAGCGAUCAUGACGGCGCUGGCAUUGGUACCAAUGAGCUCCGCAAGCUACAUGACACGACAGUGUUUCGAUGCCAACGCAGUGUGCUUUACUUUGAACGUUCCGGGACCCACGGCGCAGUCAGGUUCGGGCGACAUCUUCUUCCAGAUGACUGCACCGACAAGCAUGAACUGGGUCGGUCUUGGACAAGGAUCGAAAAUGGCUGGAAGCAAUAUGUUCGUCAUGUAUACUUCCUCCGACGGCCAAAAUGUCACGAUCUCUCCAAGACUAGGUAUGGGACACGAGCAACCACUGUACGACAACGCCGCCAACUUUACACUGCUCGACGGAAGUGGUGUUCAGAAUGGCAACAUGACAGCCAACGUCAAGUGCAGCAAUUGCAACAGCUGGAGCGGCGGGUCGAUGGAAUUUACCGGAUCGACCGCAGAGUGGAUAUAUGGAUACAAAGACGGCGCCGAGAUGAACUCCGACGCUGAAGAUGCGCGCAUCAAAGAACACAGCAAAUACGGUAGCUUCAGCUUCAACCUCACCCAGGCAAGAGGUGGCAACUCGGCGAAUCCAUUCACUGACCAGGCAUACACCGUCGACAACAUCCCACUUGUCGCUCCCGACGAGGCAGCGUAUCCUGAUACCCUGUUGACGGCUCACGGCGUUGUUGCAUGUGCGGCCAUCCUCCUGUUCAUCCUGGGCGCCAUCUUGAUUCGCUUGGCCAGCUUCUCCGGUCUGGUGUGGGCUCAUGUCGGCGUUCAGGUCUUUGGCUUUGUCGCUUUAAUCGCCGCGGUCGGCAUGGGAAUCUACAUGGCGAUGUUCGAAGGCUUUGUGGCCCACCCUAUCAUCGGCCUGAUCGUAUUCGGUCUACUCUUCGUUCAGCCUAUCACCGGUCUGGUGCACCAUCGCCUUUUCAAGCGUACAAAUGCGAGAAGUGCCUCCUCUUGGGUCCAUCUGACGACCGGGAGAAGCGUCAUCAUUCUGGGGCUUAUCAAUGGCGGACUCGGACUCCAACUAGCUGGACAGUCGAGGGCGGUGUACAUCGCGUAUGGUGUCGUCGCCGGCGUUGUGGGGUUGGUCUAUCUGGCCGCCAUCAUCUUCGGAGAGAGAAAGAGGUCUAGUACCAGGUCGGACUCCAGCCAGUCGACUUCGAAGAGUGCUUUCGACGGCUCCAAGAUGGAACAGUCAGGAUAG